UGUAGUGUGUGUGUGUGUGUGUGUGUGUGCGUGCGUGUGUGUCGGGGCGGGGGCUAGGAACACGAGCUGUUUCCUGCUUGCCGUGAAUUAUUCACAGCACUAUUGUGUCGGUCGCCCUCACCUAUCAACAUGUGCGCCCCAGGCCACAGACCAAUCAGAGGACCCUUUUUCAACUAGUGACAGACUUCUGGCCUCACCUGUCCGCCGUGUCUGCUGGCUGUCUGGCCGUUUGGCAAACAGACGCCCAUGUUGUUCAUCACUGUGUCACAGACGGCCACCACGGCGGAGACAUGAGUCCCUCAACCCAUUGGUGUUUUUUUCUCCAGUACACUUUCAUUUCUCUAUCUGGGCCAGCGAAAGCCUGUUACAAAGCAUGUACCUGUCUCCCGGACUUAAAAUAUAUCAACUGCUCAGGUGGGAACCUCUCCGCCGCUGUCAGCAGCUUUCCCUCCAACACUGAGUAUCUGGACCUGUCCGAAAACCUUCUAACAGCCCUCCCGCGGGGCGCCUUCGGGGCACUCUGGGGCCUGAAGGUGCUGCUUCUCAGCACCAAUAACAUCACGUCGGUGGCAGCCGGGGCUUUCAUCAAACUCCAGAGCUUACAAAGGCUGGAUCUUAGCGGGAACCGGAUAGGUGCCCUGGGGGACUCCUUCGCCCUGGGUCCGGGCUCCCUGUCACAGCUCCUCUUGUCCGGGAACCGCCUCACCGCGCUAGAGAUCGGAGCCUUCCGCGACCUGGAUGGCCUCGCCCGACUGGACCUCAGCGCCAACCUCAUCCAGCUGAUCCACCCGGGGGCGUUCGGCGGGGUGACGUCCCUUCGCCGACUCCACCUGGAAGGGAACCGGCUCCGGGUGCUGGGGACGGGCCUCUUCUCGACCCUGCACUCCCUUGAGGUGCUGGGCCUGCGAGGGAACCCCCUCGGCAGCCUGGAGCCGGGGGUGUUCGCCCCUCUUCCCAGCCUGGCCCUGCUGGACCUGAGCUUCAACCGGCUCUCGGGGCUGAACUUCAAGGCCCUGCUGGGCGUGCGCAGCCCCGUGGCACACGUGCUGCUGGAGGGGAACCCCUGGCACUGCGACUGCGAGCUGCAGAGGGUCUUCGACAAGCUGGGGCGGGUGCGUCGCAUCUCCCUGGACGACUACCGGGAGCUGAGGUGCAGCGAGCCCGCGGAGAUGAGGGGUCGGGCCGUGACGGAGGUGGAGGGCGAGCUCUGCGUCGGCGAGACGGUGACGGUGUUGGUCCUGACGCUGACGGUGCUCGUCACCGUGGCGGCGUCGCUGAUCAUGGCGGAGAGGAGCAAGAGGAGCACCGAGGCUAAAGAGGAGGAGGGCGGGGCGACGGAGGCGUACAGCUAUUACUAGGGGCAAGUGCUUUUUCAUGGGACAGCAUAAGUGAGGACCCUGUCAAAAGAAAAUUGCAGGCUAUUAAUCCCCUGUGAUUUCUCACACAUUUCCCCGCGAUCUUGCUUUGUGGAGAAGGCAAUCGAGUAGGGAUAUAUUUUUUUAUAUUUGUGUCUACACAAAUAAUUGCCUUGACCUUUUAACGCAAGCGUGUGACUUGUGGUUUAUUCUCCUGCAAAUCUUCAAAGAGAUGGAUAAAAAAAAAGAUUCCACAUCCACCGACUGACGAAUGAGAAUGAAGUAGACUCUUCUGCACAAGCCGUGUGAGCCGAGUAUUGGCUUCCAGUACUUUAGUGCACACCAUGAGGCUGCCGGUCUGAAGGGAAUUAUUGACGGCAGGAUGGCUGAAUAGGAGGAAAUGGAAAGCAUCCAGGCAGACAGGCACUUGUGGAGGGGAUUUUAUAUUUUUUAUAGUUUAUAGAUCACCUUUACUGUGGUCUUAUUUUUGUGUUUGUUUUUAUACUCUUCCUCUCGCUCUACUUCUGUGACUUUCUGUUGUGACCCGCAUUUAAUGAUACGAAUCUUAAUGUAUGGAAAAUAUUUAAAAAAAAAUGUUUUUUAAUGUGUGUUUGUAAGAUGGUCAUUACAUGUUAAUCCUGAUAAAACAGCUGUAAACAUACCCUAAUUGUUUGCUUUUCAUUCGAAGCUCAUAAUUGAACCGUUCCUUCUGAAUCAAUAUGAAUGAAACGUUAAUUGGCCAUUUGUAUUUUUCCGUCUGUUUCAUUGACCUUGUAUACCAUCAGGGACAGUCAGGUCUGGUUCAGAUAUUCGGAUUACAAUGGUCUUACAUACGUUUGAAUUAUUUAUUUUACUCCACUUCCUUCUGCAUGCUUUGGUUACUAACUGUGACCCAGUAUUCCCCUUAAGUAACUCUCUUGAGAUCUAUGCAACCAGGUGCCUCUCUGUGCUCAUUCAGAGCCUAUAAUAAUUGUAUGAUUAUACCAAAUGUCAAUGAGUCCCAUUUAGAUAAUCCCCACAACCGAGAUAAUAUUUAUUUUUAUUGCAUGGUUAUUUUGACUCCGGUUUGUUGGCAACAGGCUUGGCCUACAAGUAUGUGUUUCUGGUAGACCGGAAACUGAUUUACUGGCUUAUUCUAGCUACCAAAUAUAUGUCAUAAAAGCAGUCACUUAUUCAUUGUUAUUUUUUUUCCGGAGUAUGUGUUUUGACUGUAGCCCUUGCUGUUUUGCAAAACAAUAUUGAUGUUGAACUUGUAUAAAUAAACACAAUGUAGUCAGCAAAAGUUGCUGUUUAUCAUAGUAUUGGUAUUACUAGUAUUAUAAGUAUUAUUUGUAUUAUUAUCCUUAUCACGUCUAACUUUGGCUUUUAACAAUAUUCAAUGAUCUCGCAUUGGCUAUCCAUCCACAAUAGAGGGCGCUACCAAUUAAUUCAACACAAACAGGAACUUCAUAAUGUAACAUUUACCGCCCAUGUGCGUCGUAUUUGUGCUCUAAGUGCAAUGCAAAAGUAUACCACCAGAGGGAAGUAGAUAUUUGCCUAGCUGGACUUCAAAUUUGCGUUAGAUGUAGAACCUUCAAGAAAUUUGCACAUAAAUAACAUCUUAUUUUUUAGUUUGCUUUUAAAAAAUAGAUACAUACAUUUCAUUAAAUAAUCAGUAAAUAUCCAAGUUGAAGCAAACUGCAUCCCUCCAUGUAAGGGAGGGAUGGGCACUGUGUAGGUCAGAGAGCUAUCAAUAAUAUAAUUUGAAGGUUACUGUUCAUUUGGCUGAGGGAUAGGCCUGAAAAAGAUGCAUACAUUUUGAUGUGAUGAACUCUAAUUGAAUGUGCUCCUACUGCACUCAAUCAAGUUUAACAGCAUUGACAUUUAAAUGUAAUUAGAAAUGCACACGUUAAAUCCCCUCGCUGUUAAUGUAGUCUUGCCCUU